UGGUCAUGUCCGUCGAGAGCACCAGCACCACUUUAAAGCUCAAUGUGAGAAAUUCUUCAUGGACCUCGUCUCAUCGCUAUGUUCUCCAUCAACAGUGGUAACCUCUCGCAUGCUCCUGAAGACGAGCUGUUGGAGCUGCUCCUUGAAAUGGUCAGCAGGAAAAACUCUAUCCGUCACCCAACACCAUUUGCUGAGGAGGACGGCGGUGAUCAACCACCUGUCAUCCGAUCUUUCCUCCUACAGUUGCUUCUCCGACACAGCGAACACCAGGUGAACGACCAUAUUCGGCAUUACCUGGAAGCCGCUCAGGACAUUUCUGAAGACCCCGUGUACAAUGACGAUCUGUGCUGGUUGUUUGUGCAUUGUCUGGAGGAUGCACUGUACAGUCACUGUGCUGACAUGAAGGAGAAGCACGGAGAGCCCAAGGCCGUACAGAUGGUGAUCCAGUCCAUUGACCGGGCACGCGUCACCCUCAACGACGUCAGCUGGCACCAGCAACCGGCCGCUAACGUCAACGUUCUGGAAGCGGUGUCGGGAAUCCGCUUCGGAUUAUCCUACGCUGCCGAGCACAUCUGCCCGAUGAUCCGAAACUGAUGUCACCCGGACAACAACAACAACAGCAGCAGCAGCAGCAGCAGGCGGAAGACCGCGACAGUGCACACGCGGGUGGCCGCAAGCUGCGCAUCGCCGUCGACAACCUGAUCCACGCCGUCCAGGGACUGUGCAAUGACAGCGACGACACGGCCAGCACCAUACGCAUUUUCCUCAUCAAGCAGAUCGUGCGGCGCAUCGGCCUGGAUACGUUCCGCGAGGCAAUGGACAACGACGCUACCAAGCCGGAGUUUGGCUGGAUCAUGCCCGACAAGCUGAGACCCGAGGCGGGAGAGGAGGCCGUGCCCGAUCGCUUCAUCGUCCACGGCGACGCGUACGUGAAGACACGUGAGGCGACCGCCGGUGUGGCUCUCAACACCGACAUAGCGCAGCUAACCACAGCCGUAGCGUGUAGCUCUCGUGUGAAACGAAUCUACGCCGUCGAGCUGGUGCUCGCUCUCUACCGCGAGGUAACCAUGUGCCACGCCGAGUCUGAGGACAGCCAUCCGCAGCUUCCCAACGCCACGCAGAAACUACAUGAGUUCAUCCAGCAGACGGACCUGCUGAGCCGCGGCGGUAAGGAGCUGGCGGCGUUGCUCAUCGACAACACACAGGGUGCCGGCUUGCAAGCCAUGCGAGUGCAGCCAGCACAGAGCGGCAACGUACGCUCCGUGUCGGCCCUGGUCGUGCACUUUGUCACCGUCCUGCAGGAGUGCUCGCAGCGCAAUCGCGUCCUGGAGGUGUUCCACCGCCUUGCGUUCGACCCCGCCGCCAUGCGCGCCGCCUUCCUGCCCACAAUGCCCGAGGACCACCUGCAGGAGGCGCGAGCCGCCAUUGGGGGAGCGUGGUACGAGUGCCCCAACGGCCACCCGUACUACAUCUCCGAGUGCGGCCAACCCAUGCAGGACUACACUUGUCCGGAUUGCGGGCAGCGUAUCGGCGGCGGUCAGCAUCGUCUCAUCAACACAAAACCGACAGGCACGCACGGUGACGCUACGCAGGCUGGUCACCUGCUGGGACAGGCACAGGGACGCAGCACGGCCGCGGUGCCCGAACGCGAGCUGGGCCCGGCCAUGACGGUGCUCACGCGCCUCCUCAUGCACCUGGCCCUGGUGUGGAGCGCGUCGUGCAGCACUCCGCAGCAGCUGGCCUCGCUCGGCGAGAUGUGCAAGCCAGGAGUACCUGCACAGCAUGUGGCCGAGUUCUUCUGGGCACACCUGGACGUGGACAUCCGCUGCUUUGCGCAGGCCAUCGGCAAAGGACUCGAUCAGACGCUGCUGGCGCUGCACUUCUUCUGCGCGCAGAUCUGCAAAGAGUGCAAGUCGAACCAGGCCGGCAAUCUGGACUUUGCUCUCUCGUCGCGCAUUGCACGCAGAAACUGGGAGCGUGCCUUCCACCAAGACUUCCUGGCCGCCUUCCAGAAGGCCAUGGAGGAGGGCGUGCGCGAUGGAAUGCAGCGGCUGACCGGUGACCAUCGCCUAGGUAACGAUAAGCUGAUGAAGUCCGUGUUCGAGGUGGACUCGGCCACGCCCGUACUGGUGCUGGCCGCGCACGAGCGCCACCUAACGCCGCGUCUCUGGCGCUACCGCGUGCGUCCGAGCAUCGACGGCCUGGCCGUGCAGCUGGUGUCGCGCAAGGACGAGUUCCCGCUGCUGCACGCCUUCCUGGAACAUGAGCACCAGCUCAAGGCUCUGCAGCACCUGCCCGAGAUCGUACAGCUGCAGCGGCAACUCAUCGACCGCUUCAGCCGUCGCAUCAACCGCCAGUCGGCCAAGGAGAACACCAUCAAGACAUACAUAAAGGAGCUGGGCGAGGUAGAGCGAGAGCGCGCUGGUGAGAUGAUUGCGGCCUACGAAGACGCAUGGAUGCUGGUGCGUGAGCCAUUGUACAACCACGGUCGCUUGAAGCCGUCCGAGGAUUGUCGCUACGAUCGCAUUCACCGGAAAUCGCCGCUCGAGUUCAUCCUGCCCACGACGGAGGGAUUCGGCCGCAACCCCACCGGACUGGUAGACUUCCUUGUGAUGACGCACAACGAGUUCAUCGAGCGCUGCGCCCACAUCCGCGGCGUUCCCGUGCGCGAGCUGCCGCGCGUGCUCCUCUCCGAGGCCACGCACGCCCAGCUGGUGUCCUACGACACCGGGCAGCACCUGAUGCCGCUGAUCCUGGCCCACUGUCACUACACGCUGGAGGCCGGUCAGGGCCUGGACGUGCAGUACGACUGGGCAGCGCUGGAGCGACAGCUCGAGCAGCGCUUCGUCAUCGGCCGCCCGCUGAUCGAGCCGCAGGAGGUGCGCCUGGUGUACAGCGAGGACGUGCACAACACCACGCAGAUGCAGGCGCUGCGCGGACGCAUUCCGCAGACCGAGCUGACGCGCUCCGUUCGUCAGCAGGUGGCCGCUGAACUGGUGGACGUCACGGAUGUCUGCACGGUUCUCAACGGCCUGGAGAUCUGCAUCGGCUUCCUGAUGGCGUCUGGCGGUGAGAGCAGCAUGCUACUGGCCACCUAUAUGGAGGACGUGCUCAAGAUGAACCCCGAGCACGCGCUGAUCAGCCGCAAGCUGCGCCGCGCCUGCCAGCUGCAUCACAUCCUGUCGGCGUGGCGACUGAUGAUGGUGCAGCGCACGCACAAGCUCCUAGAGCUUAAGCAGGACGCGUUUGAGCUGGUAAUGGUCAUCUUCACCAACCCAAUGGAUGACGGAGACCUACUGGACGAGCUCAACGAGUGGCUGAACAAGCCACAGCGCCGCACACAGCAGUGGCGUGACCUGUUUGUCGCCCAGCUGCUGGAGUUCAUCAUGAUUGAGCUGAGCGAGCGUCACGCCGAGCGUAACGUCAAGUGGGCCGACUACCCGCUGUGCGAUGCUCUGCUUGACACCGGCAUUGUGGUUGCCAUGGGAGACGGAGACGGCGACGGUGGUACCGAGCAAUUGGAGGGGUUCCCAGAGCUGAUCGAGUGUCGCCAUGCUGUGGCCGUGUGGCAGGUGUGCGCAGGAAUCGGCGGUGCGUCUGCCGCCGCCUCAAACUCCUCCGUGACUGGCGGUACGGGUGCUAACGCCAGGCGUAUGUUCUAAAUGUGACGACCGCCUCUUCCGGGUCAGCCGCCUCUCCUGGUCAACCGCCUCUCCCGGGCCAACCGCUUAUGAUGAACGGUUUUGGGCUCGCAUGCUUUCUGCUGUAGGUGUUUGCUACUUCGAGUUCAGUGCAGUGCGGUGUCGAGUGCCACGUUAGAACCUGCAACCAUACCUGAAAUAAUAAUGAUGUGUUUGUGUUGUAUGUGUCCGCAUGGGACGUCCGUAUCAUGUGAUAAUGUUUCUUGUACUAAAUUAACUCUGCAUUGACUGUACUGAAAAGGUUCCUCCAGUCAUGUGAUCUGCAGUCAUGUGACCUGCGGUGUGAUCAGUCACGUGACCUGCAGUGUGAUCAGUCAUGUGACCUGCAAGGUGACCAGUCACGUGACCUGCAGUCAUGAAACCUGCGACCCAUGUGAUCUGCAGUCACGUGACCUACCGGAUGUGUUGUAUUAUCAACAGUGCACGUUGCUUAUGAUCAUGUGGUGUGUGGGUGUUAUUUGCCCAUGUGAUCAUGUGGUGUGUGUGUUAUUUGCCCAUGUGAUCAUGUGGUGUGUGUGUGUUAUUUGCCCAUGUGUAAAUAAUAGUAUUAUUGUGACAUGUUUUUAAUUUAUCUCCUCAUAUAUACCAUGAUGUAUGUAUGUGGCGCCGAACACAUCGCUGCACAAGCUUCCCUUGCAGCCGUGCUGCUGCUGCUUAGCAUUCAGCCAGUAGCCACAGACAAGCGGAGGACAUAGCACUCGUGACACGCAUGCGCACACGCACACGCAUGCGUAUGCUUAAGCUGACUACCCGCGCUGAGUGCUGUAUGGUGUUGCUGCUGCCAUUGCUUCUGCCACUGUUGCUGCCAGUGGUGGGUAGCAGUGGUGGUCGUUGUUGUUCAAGAAGUAUGCAGAGUUGCUGCUGCUGCUGCUACUGCAAUAAACCCAUUAUUCUGUCGGCGUGUAUGACUGGCCUUCCGUCGCCGCUGUUGCUGCUGCUGCUGUGUGCAAGUGUGCAGUCAUCUCGCCAAUCUGCCAGCGUCUGGCGCUUCGCUGCAUAUCCUCGUUUACCUGGUCUCCUGUCGUUAUUUCUCUCCCCGUAUCAUUAAUGUGCAUCUCCAUGUGUUGUUGGAAUGUGCGUGUGUGUGUGUGUGUGUGUGUGUGUGUGUGUGUACCCGGUUCGUCAACGCAUGUUUACCCAUCUCGACUGGCUCGCGAUCAUUCCCUUAGUGUUCAUGACUGACUGCAUCGCACAGGACACCAUUGAAGUUCUGCUGCUACUGUUGUGUCAGACAGCCAUGCAUUCCAUACUGCUUUUCCUAUCUCUUUCUCACUGCACACGUUUUACGGUCAUGCAUGUAUCACAUUUCUCGUGCCAAUUCUCGAUAUGCAUGGCAUGUGCAAGAAAGUAGAAAUGUCACUUUGCAUUUGCAACGUUUUUUUGCAUGUUAGCUUUGCUGUUGCAUUCCCCCUGUUUAGUCAUGAUCUGUUUGGCAGUCUUGCUGUUGCUCAAUUGCGUGUGUGCAUCUGCGCCUGCGUAAUCCAAGCCACUUCUAAUUCGUGCAUAGCUUGUGUCUUCCCCGUGGCGCUCUCACUUUUCUCGUUGCACCUCUAGUAGAUUCUCUGCACUCAUAUUCACCGCUUUUACCAAGAGUACAUAACCACUGAUAAUGUACUCUUGCUUUUACUUGUGUACUCUUUUCGUUGUUCAUUUGUAAGGCUAUCUCUUUGAUAGUCGAGUGGCAUGGCAAGCUAGAUUUCUGAUGCUGUUGGCAUUUUAUCUUCUUUUUUCUUUCUUUCUUUUUUCCUUUAUUAAAAAGCUAUUUUGAGUGCUGGUCACUGCAAAGAGCGGCGGUUUGAUUUUGAUUUUCUAACAUGAAUUCAUGAUGAUGAACUUCACAAGCUUUCCGACUUUUAA